AUGAAUAUCGAAGAGUUCAACAAGAAGGCUGCAGAUAGUGUAUUAGAACCACGAAACUUAUCGGCCGACAAUACUGAACAAGGUUUGUCAACGUCCAAGAAGAAACAACAAGUCAACACAAGAAGUAAGAAGGCGCAAGAACAUGCGAAGCUUAGUGAACAGAGUAGAAAUGAUGAGAAUACCAAUCAUACAGACCCAAAUUUAACUAAUACCGUGGUAACAGGUCAAUCAUCAACUAAUACACUAACACAACAAACAACUACAAACAAUGAAAAUAGAAACGCAGAUCUUCAACGACAAGCGAACGAGAAUAGAACUGAACAGAUUGGUGAAAUAGAAGGGAUAGCAAAUGUGGAGAGGGAAGAUGGAAAUGAAAACAAUCAGGUUUUACGAAACAACCUGUUAGGUCUAUCCAUAGGUCCAGGGAGUUUUAGCGGACCGUCUAGACAAUUGUUAUUAGAAAAUAACCAAGUAGCAACAAGCGGAGGUACAGAAAAAGGGAAAGGUGCAGCAGGCAACACGAAGCAAGUGUAAUGCAUUGAUUUCACACUUUUUCCUUGAAAAUAAACAAAAGAAACUUUCUUGUUGUUACCAUAGGUGAUUAUCCUUAGAGUGAGGAGAGUUGAAGUUAGAAUCGUUGUUCACCAAUCUCACGCCGUUAAAUUCCUAGUUAUUCUGCUUCAUUAGACCCAUUUCCUUU